GAGGUGUCUCUGAUUUGGUUGUGGCCUCUGUUUUGCUUUUGUUAGUAAUGGAGUUUUAGUUUCCUCAGUUUCUUUCUUGGCACUGAAUGAGAUGGAAAUUGUUCGAAGGAAGAGAGGGUUUCAAGCUCUUCUCCCGCUUCUUCUAUCUUUUUUCAUUGUUGUUUUCCCCCAAAGAUCUUUCGCCGUUUCGAGUUUAAACUAUACAAAAUAUAGACAAGUAGGGAGUCUGAGACUUGCAAGGAUACAGAGGUAUUUGGAUCAGAUUAAGAAGCUUGCUGUCCUUACCAUAGAGAGUCCAGAUGGAGAUAUCAUAGAUUGUGUUCAUAAAGGAAAACAACCAGGUUUAGAUCACCCUCUUCUAAAGAAUCACAAGAUCCAGAGAGUUCCACCAGAAAGGCCCAAGAUGAGAAUGAUUAAAACAGAUGAGGUAAUAGUAACCAACAGGAACAGUGAUGGGUUUAGAGGUGCAUGGCAAACGUGGCAUCAGAAUGGGCUACGGUGUCCCAAGGGAACGGUUCCAAUUCGGAGGAGCACAGUGCAUGAUGUUUUGCGAGCCAGGUCUCUUUAUGAGUUUGGCAAGAAGCAGCGUUCAAUAGCGGUCGCUAGACGCAGAGAUGCACCAGAUAUAGUGAGUGGCAAUGGCCAUGAGCAUGCGAUAGCAUACACUGGAACGACACAAGAGGUGUAUGGAGCGAAGGCGACAAUAAACGUGUGGGACCCUUCCAUAGAAGUGGUCAACGAGUUCAGCCUCUCCCAGAUUUGGAUUCUUUCUGGAUCAUUCGACGGCUCAGAUCUGAACAGCAUAGAAGCUGGUUGGCAG